UCUGCAAACGAGGGUGCCAACAAUUGACCAAUGAGACGGAUUCUCUAAAAAGUGGGCGUGUCCGUUCGUCACCGACGAUCAUGCUCAUACUCGGUACACGUGCCUCUCAGCCCACAAUACACGAAUAUUGUCUAGUAGAAGCCCCUGGGCACAGGUGAUUCAGGCGUUCCGAGGGUAUAUAUUGGUAUGAAUGCUCGUAGCUGAGACAUUAAUUCUCUAAACUAGAGAGAAAUUCGUUUUAAUCGGCGACUGUGCUGUUUGGAUUUGUACCAAUUCUGAAAGCUGUUGCUGCCCUUAAAGAUAGCGAGUUGAUUCUGGGUAGUCACCGGCCGUAUCGGUUCCAUACCCAUUGUCUUUCACUGAAGUUCAUCUGUAUACUUUCCCGAAGAACAAUAACUUUCCAUCUCAAUCCUGGAUUUCACGUUAUGCUGAAUGACACUCCGGCAAUGUAGCUUCUUGACAUUUUGAAAUACUAAGGCCAACAUGAUAAUGUUCAUAGUUCACAUUUAGUGAGAAUUCGAAAAAGAAAUCAAGGAUGGGAGCGAACUGCAGUUCCCCGGCGGGCGCAUCCGUCUCUAUCAACUCCCAGGGUCUUGAAAAUUGCCCUCCGCACCAACGUAAUAGGAAACCAAUCAACAUCACCAAUAACAAUUCUUCCAAUGCCAUCAAGACGGCAAAGGUCCCACCCAACAAUGGGAUCCGAAACGAGUUGAUUAAUCUGAAUGGAAACGACAGGCACGACGUGAUGUUCAACAAGGACAAUGAUCCCUUAAUCGGGGAGAAGACCAAGCUGGACUGGGACAACCAGGUACCCCUCAUGGACCCCAACGUGGUGACCAUGAUGGUGGAGAAGAUGGAGAUGAUGCGGAAGAUGAAGAAGAUGAUGGGAGGGCAUCCCCCCAUGCAGAAUGGACAUGGGCCAAACGGGACAGGGUUGGAUCAUGUGGAUGGACAAAUGCCAUCGAAUGGUAACCUUAAUGGUAACAUGACAUCCAACGGGAGGGUCCCACCGAAUGGUAUGCACCCCCAUGGGAUGACCACGCCCAACGGUGCACCCCCUAUGAACGGGAAGAUGCCACCAACGUUUCCCAAACUGAUGGGCAGUACGGAGAAUGCAGUUCGUAUCGUGAGGCAUAUGAAGUCCGUAUUCAAUUCAGAUGAGAUACAGGACCUGUGCGACCAGAAAAUGGACUCAACAGACGGGAACAUCAUGUUCAAGAUGAUGCAAUGCAAACUGGAGAUGGAAUUCAAAUUCUUAAAAGAAAUUGGCAUGGGCCACCUUACGCAGCUGAUCGCAACCGGGAAACUCCCUCCUAUUUUGCAAUUGAUCUUCAUCUGUUACCAAGAUGAACCUGAGGUCCUCAAUGAACUGUCGUUCGUUGGUCCUGUCUUUUCGAAGCGGCCCGAUCUGGUGGUAAGAAGAGGUGAUGCAGUUCCUAACAUCAUCAUGAAAACGUGCUCUGAAGAAGCAGUGUCGCUCGACGACCUCCAUGUCAACAAGAACCUCCCCCUGGUCGUCUUCGCCGCGUCGUCCUCCUGACCUCCGCUUCAGGCCUGUUUAAUAGGCGGGGCUCUCUCAACCUUGUUAGAGACCUACCGAACGCAGGCCGAGUUCUUAGUGGUUUACUUGGAGGAAGCACAUGCCAAGGGGGAGUUUGGUAUGGGAAGCAAGAUGAGUAGGAACUCUAGACACACUUCUAUUCAUGACAGAAUCAACGCUGCAAAGGAUCUUGUGGCGCUGGACAAAGCUUACCACGGAUGUUUGAGUGAAGACGUUUCCGACACCAGCCGAGUGCGUGUCGUCGUGGAUACCAUGGACAAUUCAUUCACGUCUCGAUUCGACGCAUUCCCCGAUCGCGUCUUCAUCAUCCACGACGACAAAGUCGCCUUCGUUGGUUCCGACAUCAUGGACCAGAUGGAACAUCCCGAACAGCUGAUGACCGACGAAGUCCGUGAGUGGCUCAAAGAGAGAAUGUAAGGGUGUACUGCCCGUCAUUAAACUCUAGUCUUAGAGACGGUUUUUAUUUUAAAGCGAGAGUCAUCGUGAGCUUGAUCGCUGCUAUGCAUACAGUUCAACACCCCGUGUCAACGGGCGAAUGCGUAUUCUCCCCAAAGUGAAAGGCGUUCGUCGACUGCACCAUCAAACAUCAACACCGGAAAGGCGGGAAGCAACAUUAUGUCAUCACGUGAGACAUGAAUACAAGAAAUUUAUAAUUCUAGUAUUUAAGAAAUCGAGGGAAGCCUUUCAAGCAUCGAUCAAUUAAUUUAUUGUCAAAAUUUCCGUGUACCUAAUCCUAUGUUUGAUUCUAUUUCUAAAUUUCAUGUACAAUACACCUAUGGGUAAAAGCUUAUACGUGUGUCCCGAUUUCUCUUCAAAACUACCUCACAUGAGAAAAAUAUGAGGGCUACAAGUGACUGGAAAAUGAAACGCCUGGCAUAAGACCAAUAAACCAUGGAGAUAUCUAUCUUUUAUCUCCAUGAAUAAACCUUGCUCUUAAUUUGAUGCAUGAACAUGCUCAACACAUUUUGACCAAGUGUCUUAGUGUUUCUUUUCCAGUGUGAUGAUUUUUAUGAACUUUAAAAGUUGAGCUAUAUAUGAUUUAUUUUCAGAUUUCAAGUCGUAAAUAGUAUUCACACAGCAUACAAGCUUUUUUGAAUAACCAAUAAGAAGAUUCUAUGAAACAGAGUCCUUAUACGUAAUACGACAAUCUGAUAAAGUUAUUCUUUGGGGAAAAAAUAUAUUAACUAUUUCCUGUAUUAUUAAUCAUGUUGUCUCGAUCAUGCACGAAUGAUAUCUUGAUCACAUGGAAAUUAGAAAUGAAAACAUCUAGUUAUGAAUCGUUUCAUUUUAGAUUUCGUUAGAAUUUAAGGUGUUAUUGUAUUGGUGGUAAUAUAUUAGCAGCUGUUAUAUGAAAUUGGGCAUUAACUCUAAUUAUCGACAGUCUUUGAAAUAACCAUGUCUUUGCUGGGAGAAAAUCUAUCUCUUCUAUGUUUCCUUUUAGGCUUAUAUACAAAUUAAAUAUAUAUACAAGUAGAUGACGAGCACGAGAAGUAGAAUUUAUUUAGAUGAUUGCACACGUUGAUUAUUAACCACUAUAACACGACACCUCUACGAUAUCAAUUUCACAAGCAAUUUUUAAUUUAUACUCUACACAUGUCUAAAUUGUUUGAAUAUCAGUGCACGAAAUAUGAUAUUAUACCUCUAAAUUUGAAAAUAUACCCACAAAUCCUUUCAGAAAACAUUACAGUUAGCUGGGCAUUACUAUCCGUAUAACAAUCUUUCAAAGUAUAUCGUUUUACACACCUUUUCAUGAAUCAUUAUUUAUCCAAAUUUUAUCUCUACGUAUUCAUUAUGCAAAUGUCUACAAAUGAAACAAAUAUUUUUAUAAUUAUGAUAUAUUCUAAUACAGUAUUCCAUGUUAUCUGCUUUGUGCAAGUCCCUUCGUGUUAUCCAAAUCGAUUUUAUCACAAUAAUGAUGUGCACUGUGUUCAUGAUAUAUCAUUUUGUAAUCAAAUAGUUGUAAAUGAGAAUUGUUUGUACACAACUGGUUUCAAAUAUCUACAGUGUUUUAUCUGGGAUAGAUAGACAUAAUAUAGAACGACUUUUUCGAGGGGAAUUACGUUGAUGCGGAAAAAUUCAGGACUUUAUUCUACCUGCAAUUGGCAGCACAUUAUAUUUUUUUUUACAAUAUUCAUAGAUAUUAUUUUACCUUCCAUAAUCCAUUCUCGUUAAAUUCGUACUGUGUUAUUAUUCCUUUUUCCUCUUUUUCCCCUAUUUUCUUGUUUUCUAAAUUUUCCCUAUUUUAAUGUGUUCUUUUCACCUUGAAAACAGAGUACUUACCUUUUAUUCUGUAAUGGCAUCUGGCCCAACAGCGUAGUAAUGGUAUAUACAGGAACCAGCAGCUUGAUAAGUAAAUUAAGAAAGUAUUAAGGUUGGUACGUCGUUUUGGAUGGCAGAAAACAAAAUACUCAACCAAACCAUACACAUUUAGACACCAUGUUAGAACAUGAACCCAUGUCCCGAAUGUAGUAUUAUUUGUAAAAUGUUUCAGGUAACUGGCAUUUUCAUUAUUCUGAUGUAUUUCUUUUGAGAACAGAUUAAAGAUCAAUUAGUCACACCAACUUUAAAUAUCACACAAUUGUAAAAGGUUCCAAUGGGUUCAUAAAAUGCCAACGGCAGUGUUUCAAAGCAGCUGAAAAGUGUACACUGAUACACGUUAAAACUUAGAAAUGUAUCAUAAAAGUGGAUAAAACUAAACAUGCUCUAAUUUACCUACAAUUCAUGUGUACUGUAAUUCUGUGACAAACUCAAUAGGCGAAAUUAAUUUAGUCAUUUCAUGAUUUAUUUAUUUUUGCAUUAUAUUCUUCAUUCUAAAAUGAUUCUUGUUUCAUCGUCUGGUGGAAUGAUUUAGAAUUUCGAAUGAAGGAAAAUUUUACUGGGUUAAGAAGUUGACACUUUGCGUUCUAUAAAUCACAUCGUCGAGUUAUAAACAUGGACUAACUUUAAUUGUCUAUGAAUAUCAACCAAGAAUAUUUAUCAUAUCAUUUUAUCAUGACUAAUUCUCUUACUUGUCCGUCGUAUUUCUAUUUUGCUUUCGCACGUCCACUGUUUUGUAACAUAAUUAUGUGCUACAGUUUAAACCCUGGUCUCUAUUUCUAUACGUGCACUUUCUAUGUAAAGCAUUCCUAACACUUUCAUUGUCGAUUGUAUUCAGAAAGCAAAGAUAUAUUAUGUUGGAGUACUUAGAUGAGUCUCACUAGUUAUUGUACUUUUAGUAAUUUAUUCAAUGCGGGAUGCGCGUUUUUGUAUUUGUAUUAACGUGGUAGAUGUUGGAAAGGGAGAGAAUCCGUGGUUUACGGUAAACCCAUGAAGACAUCGCGCGAAAGAUAUUCAAUAUCAGUGUCGAAGUUGGAAAAUUUUAUUUAUCAAAGAAAUCACGGAUUCUCUCAUCUAGUAACAUUCUCCAUUUUGGUAUAUUACUUCCAUGUGAAUAUAAGUGUAAUGUAUACAUGUCCCCCUUAGUGUUCAUGCACAGCGAGUUUGUGGUGUUCUUAAUAUUUGGAUUUCUAUGAAAUAGAAGAAAGAUAUUAUUAGAGCACGUGGUGCACAUAUUGCAAUUAAAAAUACACUAAAAACAAAA